AGUAGCCAGCAAAUAUAGAUUCGAUUCUUGAACUAUAUUCAAUACAACGCACACGAGGCCGCCAUCGAGCAACUCGGGACCCCUCUAUUCCCAACCCCGUCGCCCAGUAGUAUGUAGGAAAGAGAUAAUUAUCCAAACCGCCCUUGAAGCCUUGACCUUCGCAACUGCGCGAUGACGGUAUGGUGCGUCUCCCAGGUAGACUAGCUGCCAUCCCAAGCCAGUCAAGACUGACAACUGGACGGAGCACGCUGGUCCCUGGAUCCAUCGACCGGGACUCCCUCUUCCGGCAACCGAUCUACGGUCCAUUAUUCACCACUUUUGGUAUAAGUUUAUGGUGCGAUUCUCGUUGCCCCUCCUCAAUCUGCCCCUCAUUAAUCCCUCAAGUCGUCAUUCCGGUUCUCGAGAGUUUCCUUAAAUCCCGUCCCCUUCCCCAGGAGCUCCGCGGUUGAGAGAGUUCUUUAACGUCUACAACAACCUUUCCCGAAUACCCUCACAUCUCAACUCCUUCACCAUGCCCCGCAUCGACGAACAUGCGGUGGAUUCCACCCUCGUGCCUCCCUACGCGGAGGGUCAGAAGCGCGACAGAUGGUCUCGCCCUUCCAUCCCCCGGGAUCCCAACAAGAUUGUCGAGGUCCCUUCGACCCGUGAUGCCAUCAGCGAUGCCUCUGCCCUGAUGCACAACCUCAGCUUCUCGCCGUCCAUGAAGGACCGUCGGGGCUCGAGGAACUCCUUCAGCACUUCUCUGCCCAUUCCCCGGUCGCCCCGUCUUUCGCGGCUGUCGACGGCCUCCCGGCCCAGCACGGUGAAGCGGGAUAUCAUUGCUUCCCAAAUCCAGGAUCUCCACAAGGACAAGGUCGCCAAGGUGAAGAACAUGGCCUUUGCUUUCGACAUUGACGGUGUCUUGGUGCACGGCAGCAACCCCAUCCAGGAAGGAAAGGACGUUCUCAAGAUCUUGAACGGUGACAACGAGCUCGGCAUCCAAUUCCCCUACAUUCUGUUGACCAACGGUGGUGGAAAGACCGAGGAGGCUCGCUGCCAACAGCUCUCGGAGAUCCUGGAGCAGCCCAUCUCGACGGAUCAGUUCAUCCAAUCGCACACCCCCAUGCAGGCUCUUGCUGAAUACUACGACACCGUGCUGGUUUGCGGUGGAGAAGGCUACAAGAUCCGGGAAGUUGCCCAACAAUACGGCUUCAAGAACGUGAUUCACCCCAAGGAUAUUCUCGCCUGGGAUCCCACCAUCUCGCCGUGCCGUGUCUUCACGGACGAGGAGCGCAAGCACGCCCAGCCUCGCGACUUCUCCAAGGUCCAGUUCGAUGCCAUCCUGUGCUUUGCUGAGUCUUUCGACGCCAUGACCGACCUGCAGAUCAUCAACGACCUGCUCAUGUCCGACAACGGUCGUCUUCUCACCCGUGGCGCCAAGGGCGCCGAGCACAUCCCUAUCUACUUCUCGCAGGGUGACUUGCUCUGCCCUACCGAGCACAAGGGUCCCCCCCGUCUCCACCUCGGUGCCUUCCGUCUGGCCGUCGAGGCCCAGUACAAGGCCACCAGCGGCCAGGACCUGGAGCGUGUGCUCUACGGUAAGCCCGAGCGGGCCACCUACAUCUACGCCGACGAGGUCAUGAAGGCUUGGAUGGAGCAGAUCCACCAGCAGAGCAAGCUGCCCAAGAACAUUUACAUGGUCGGCGACAACCCCGCGUCCGACAUCAUCGGUGGAAACCUGUACGGCUGGAACACCUGCCUGGUCCGAACGGGUGUCUUCCAGGGCGGCGAGAACGAUGAGCAAAACCCUGCCAACUUCGGUGUCUUCCCGAACGUUAUGGAGGCUGUUAAGUCGGCUAUCCGUAAGGAGCUGGGCGACGACUUCGGCUUCAAGUGGGAGCCCAAGAUCAGCAACCCCGUUACGCAUGGUGAUUCCUCCGCCUCCGCUAUUGACUAAAUGGGUGCGAGGCCUAUUGGUGAAGAGUGUGCGGCCUUCUUUUGGUAUUACCGGCUAGUAUCUACAUGCAAGGUCUGCGAUACUUUGUUGAGUGUUGAGUCAACGACUACAUGAUAUAUCCUAAAACUUCGAGGGAAAAAUAAGAAGUUACGAACAUUGGGUCUGGAUUUACGUUAUAGAUAGAAUUGCAUAUUUUUUGUUUCUCUGUUCACACAA